ACACGUUCUGAUGGAAUUGAAGCAGGUUUAGCUAGAGCAAGAGCUGCCAUUUACGAAGCAGUUCGAUCACAUAACUCUUCAUCAUACAAGGAGGGGAGUUAUAUCCCCAGAGGAGCCAUGUACAGAAAUCAUUAUGCAUUUCAUCAGAGUUAUACAGAGAUGGAGAAGAGGUUCAGGAUAUGGGUUUACAGGGAAGGAGAGCUUCCUCUAGUCCAUUCUGCGCCCUUAAACCUCAUCUACAGCAUUGAAGGUCAGUUUCUUGACGAGAUGGAAAGUGGGAAGAGCCCCUUUGCUGCUAGUCACCCCGACGAGGCACACACAUUCUUACUCCCUAUCAGCGUGGCCUAUAUCAUUCACUAUAUCUACAGGCCCCUCGUUACAUUCUCUCGUGUGGAGCUGCAACGUUUGGUCCAAGAUUAUGUUACUGUAGUAGCCAGCAAGUACCCCUACUGGAAUAGAACUGAGGGAGCUGAUCAUUUCUUGGUUUCUUGUCAUGACUGGGCACCAGACAUCUCACGAGCCAAUCCUCGUCUCUACAAGAACUUUGUUAGAGUCCUUUGCAAUGCAAAUACAUCAGAGAGAUUCGAGCCUCGAAGGGAUGUUUCAAUACCUGAAAUCAACAUCCCGUUCGGCAAGUUUGGACCGCCUGGCAAAGGUCUACCCCCUAGUAAGCGCUCGAUUUUCGCUUUCUUCGCUGGGGGAGCUCAUGGUUACAUCAGGAAGCUCUUGUUGGAGCAUUGGAAAGAUAAAGACGAUGAAAUUCAAGUCCAUGAGUAUCUUGAUCAUAACAAGAAAAACGAUUACUUCAAAUUAAUGGGUCAAAGCAAGUUCUGCCUGUGCCCUAGUGGAUAUGAAGUAGCAAGUCCAAGAGUGGUGACAGCAAUUCAAUCAGGGUGUAUACCUGUGACCAUUUCAGAUAACUAUACAUUGCCAUUUAGUGAUGUUCUUGAUUGGAGUAAGUUCUCAGUGAACAUUCCGUCGGAAAAGAUACCUGAGAUUAAAACAAUUUUAAAAAAGAUUUCGUUCAGAAGGUAUCUGAUAUUGCAUGGGAGAGUUAUAAAGAUACGGAGACAUUUCAAACUGAACCGACCUGCUCAGCCGUAUGAUAUGCUUCAUAUGAUACUUCAUUCGAUAUGGUUAAGGAGGCUUAAUGUCAGGCUGCCAUUUUGAUGUUCAAAAGCUCUAC